AUGACUCCUGCUGUUGUUCCGGACACCGAUGAGUCCGAUUCCGACAUCUCCGAAGAUGACAAUGACGAAGACGCAGAGAACACUUGGAUCGACGGAGCUGAAAAGCAUGACAGAUGGACGUUUACCGAGCAUGUUGGGGCUGAUCCAGAGGUGGAUGACUGUGAGACGCCGCUCCAGUUUUACGAGUUAUUUUUCUCUGAAGAACUCCUCGCCAUGGUAGCUGAACAGACGAACGUAUACGGACAAGAAAAGCAUCAUAACUGGAAUCACACCGAUUCAGACGAACUGCGAAAAUUCUUCGGCCUUUGUUUGCAGAUGUCUCGAUGUCCACUUGAUAAUCAAAGGAAUUACUGGUCAUUGAAACCUCAAAACUUGGCUAGAAAUGGGCAUUCAAUUGCAGGAGACUUCAUGACGAGAGAACGAUUCGAAGAGAUCCAAAGGCACCUCCACUUUGCCGACAACGCUGCUACUGAUAGGACAAACAAACUCUACAAGCUGCAGCCGAUUCUGGACUAUCUGAAUACCCGAUUUCAGGCCAUGUACAAACCUGGUAAAGAGCUAUGCAUCGACGAAUCGAUGGUACCCUUCAGGGGCCGCGUUUCAUUUUGGCAAUACAAUGGAACGAAACGUCAUAGGUUUGGAAUAAAGCUCUUCAAGCUCUGCUCUCGCGCUGGAUACACGCAGAAGAUCAAGGUUUAUGCAGGAAAAGACCCCAAAAGGAAAACUAGUGUAGCAGAGUCUGUAGUCUUAGAGUUGAUGGACGGCUUUCUGAUGCAGGGACGUUGCCUUUGCACGGAUAACUGGUACACCAGCCUGCAACUUGCUCACAGCCUUCUCAAGAUGAAGACGGAUAUGGUUUAUGACACACUUGACUACUUGCCUGCGCUGUGGACCUGGCGCUUACACCCAUAUCUAAAGAAAUUUACUGCAAGAACGAAGACAAUUUCUUCAGGAGAAAAAGGGCCGGUGAUUACAAACGUACUCGGACAGAAUGUGGGAGAUGCUGAGCAAGGACAAAAUCACGAAUCGAUUUUGAAACAAAUGUGGCAAAAAACUUAGGCACAAGCCAUGCACGUGAACACUUUAUCCGCUUCAGACACUUUAUCCGCUUCAAAACAAGAAGGGACUAGGGCUGCAGCAUUUUGUUUCUAAGCAGGUGAAGUGGAUAAGUAUGGCAAGUGCCUCAAAGAUCUGUGUGUGGUCAAGUUGCUAUAAUUUC